AUGGCAUCUAAUGUUACCGUCAAAUCAGUGUUGGAGAAGAUUAGUGUGGAUCAUCUGGAAUGCUCCAUCUGCACCAACCGUUUCAGGCAGCCCAAACUGCUGGACUGUUUGCAUAGUUUUUGCCUGCAAUGCCUCCAAGAGCUCAGACAGAGCCAAGAUCCUAGUGGCACAAAGCUGACAUGUCCUCUCUGCAGAAGUGAAACCAUGUUGAAAGGGUCUGGGGUUGCUGAUCUCCCUAAUAACUUUGCAUUCAGUGCCCUGGUGGAGGAAGUUACAAUGCAGGAAAAGCUACUGGAAGGUCAAGGGUCAGAGAUUAAAUGUCAAGCCUGUGAUGAGAAGAAUCAGGCUAUUUCAAGAUGCAUGGACUGUGAUCAUUUCCUGUGUCAAGAAUGUCAAAAGGCACAUGGACGUAUGACUUUGAUGAAAUCUCACAAAAUCUACACACUGGCUCAACUUCAAUCAGGACAAAUUGUUUAUAAGAGUAAACUAAGAGAUGAAGUUCCCAAAUGUGGCAAGCAUCCAGAUCAGAAUCUCAAUGUGUACUGCAACUCAUGUGAGCAAGUCAUAUGUACAACUUGCUCUGUACUUGAUCAUGCCAAACACUCACUCACUGGAUUACCUGAGGCUGCAGAGAAAUGUAAGAAGAAGGUCACAGAAAUGGUCCAAAAAAGUGAGAGCACAAAAACUGAAUUGAUCACCACUAUCAAGGAGAUGUCUAAAUCUCGCAAGGAUUUGGACAACAUGUUUGCCAACACUCACAAGAAAAUCUCAGAAAAGGCUCAACAGGAGAUUACAAAGAUCCAAGAGGAGGUUGCAAAGAUCCAAAAGGAAGAACAGAAAUUAAAGCAAGAGACGGACAGGAUUUAUAAGGACAGAGUCAGAACAUUUGAAGCUGCUCAAGCUAACAACAGGAAAGAGGUGACACAGACAGAGCACAAGCUGGAGGAGGUGAAACAACUCAUGAAUCAAGCAAGUUGCUAUGAGAUUCUUGAACUUGAGCAGAAGCUCUUGCAUAACCUCAGUGAACUGACAGGGAAACAGCCACAGCAAGUUCCUGACAAGUUGAGCUUCAUGGACUUUGAAGAAGGUAAGAGGUCACUUGGGAGACUCAUUCUGGAGGAAGAGACAAAGGCUGCAGAAAAGCAAUCACCAAGACCUGCAAGAUCAUGUGUGAAAAAGAAAUGGGAACUGAAGACUGAAUUCAAGAACUUUGAAUUAGGAAAUAACACGCUACGACAUGUGUCAGCACUCUCUGACAAUAACAUAGUAUUAACCACUUGGAUUAAUGCAUUAUUCACGGUAUCACUGACCAAUAGUCAACAUACACCACAUCCUAUCCCACAAAGGCUUCAAAUCAAUGGCCUCACUGAUUUAAGGUGUAUUGCAGUGAGCAUGGAUGACAAGCUCCUUGCUCUAGAUGGUCGAGUAGUCAAGGUCUUCAACAAGCAACAUCAGCUCCUCCAUCAGUUCACACCAGGUAGAGGGUACAGCCAACCAACAUGCCUUGCAGUGGAUGACAGCAAUCUGAUAGCAGUGGGUUAUACAGGCAAGAAGGAGAUAUCUCUACACAACCCAGAUGGAUCCCUCAUCAGGAGACUGCCUGCUCCAAAGAUUGAGGAUUAUCUAACAAUGUACAAUCACCGCAUAAUCUACACAACAGACGUGACCAAAAGGUUGGUAUGUGUAGACUACUAUGGUGCCAGUGUAUUCUCAGUUGACAUGUCCAGCAACAUGCAGGGGGGUUGGGGCCCUACUGGUGUGUGCUGUGACAGUGAUGGCAGCAUCUAUGUUGCUGUGUUCGGACUUCCCACAGGUGAUAUUCUGCAUUACAGUCCUGAUGGCAAGUACAUUGGAUGUGUGAUCAAGGAAUGUGAUUAUCCACGGGGCAUCGCAUUCACAUCGGAUGGUGAUCUGGUAGUGGCUGUAGGACAGUCUGUAAAGGUCUAUCACCGAGUGUAAGGACAGAAUUAAUUAAACUGGGGCUAUCCAGCGUAUCCACCAAACACUUCCAUCAGACAUCGAACAUUGUUUUGAAAAAGAACAUUAAAGUUCAUUCCCUCAAUACAACA